GAUAUUUAAGACUCAAACUGGAUCCAGGUCGUUUAUUAGAGGAAACAACAGCGCAGGUAGAAGGAUGUUUGGACAGUCGUGUUAAAUGAUGCAUAGAAACAGUGUUUUAGUCUGUAGUUUGCAGUAGUUUGUGUUCAGGUGGUUGUUAAGAUAAAACUUGUGUGGAUGUGAUGGAUCCUCUGGAGAGUCCUGCAACUCAGCGGCGCAAAGCUAAGAUGAUGUUUGGCCUGAAAGUGAAGAAGAAGAAGAAGAAAGUCAACACUGACCUGGUUCUGGCAAACAGAGGAGCUGUGGACAGUGAGGUGGAGGCUUCGUCUGAAGCUUCUCUCCUGCAGGAUGGAGAAAACUCUGAGGACCAACCAGGAGUCCCUGCAGUCAGAAGCAGAGUCAUACCAAACACUAAGAGGUCCAAACUGAAAACUCGAAUCCAAGACAGUGAAGGAAAACCACAGAGCUUCCAGAUUGCCAUCAACAUCACAGAGGCGAGGCAGCUGGUCGGGGAGAACAUCGACCCCAGCGUGGUGAUCGAGAUUGGAGACGAGAAGAAACAGACGGCAGUCAAAGAAGGAACCAAUGCUCCUUUUUACAACGAGUAUUUUGUGUUCGACUUCUUCGCCCACAAGGAGGUCUUCUUCGACAAGGUUAUCAAGCUGACGGUGAUGCACUCGAAGAUGUUGAGGAGUUUCUGUGUCGGAUCCUUCAAGCUGGAUGUUUGGACGGUCUACAAACAGCCAGGUCACCAGUUCAUCAAUAAGUGGGCCAUGUUGACCAACCCUGGUGACAUCAGCACCGGGGUCAAAGGUUACGUAAAGUGUGACAUCAGCGUCUCGGCGAAGGGCGACGCCAUGCAGCCGGGACAGAAGACGAGCGACGCCGAGGAGCAGAUAGACAAGAACCUUCUGAUUCCCGAUGGUUUUCCGGCCGAGCGUCCCUGGGCUCGGUUCUGUGUGAAGAUCUACCGAGCAGAAGGUCUUCCCAGGAACAACUCCAGCAUCAUGGCCAACGUCACCAAGGCCUUCAUCGGAGACAACACGGCGCUGAUCGACCCCUACGUGGUGGUCAGCUUCUUCAGACAAGUGGGUCGAACCUCCACCCAGAAAUCCACCGCAGACCCGGUUUGGAACGAACAGAUCGUCUUCACUGAGAUGUUUCCUCCUUUAUGCCAGAGACUGAAGAUCCAGGUUUGGGAUGAGGGCAGCAUGAGUGACGUUGCCAUAGGAACGCAUUACUUCGACCUGAGGAGGAUCUCCAACGAGCAGGAUGGAGACAGAGGGUUCCUGCCGACCUUCGGCCCGGCCUGGAUCAACCUCUACGGCUCGGCCAGAAACUUCUCCCUGGGAGACGACACCGUGGAGCUGAACGAGGGCAUCGGAGAGGGCGUGUCCUACAGAGGCCGGGUUUACCUGGAGCUGGUGGUGGAGAUCCUGUCAGGAGGAACCGGAUCAGAGUCCAGACUGAGCCGGACGGUGAAGCCGCUGAAGGAUGUUAAAGCUGGAAAGACUGGAGGGAAGGAGGUGAAGACAGGAGGAGGAGGAGGAGGAGGAGGAGCAGGAGGAGGUGAAGAGGAGAAAGGAAAAGCUGCAGCAGCUGAACUUCUUCCUGUCGAAUCUCCUCCAGUGCUGGAUGACGACAAGAAGGAGAGUUUUCUGCUGUUUGGAGUUUUAUUUGAAGCCACCAUGAUCGACAGGAAGAUCGGAGAUCGACCAAUCAGCUUCGAGUUCUCUCUGGGUAACUACGGUAACGUGUUGGAGUCUGUAGCUCCGCCCAUCCUCCCCAGUCCCACUGCCUCUCGCCAGAGAAAAGACCUGGACUUCCUGGACACGUCUUCCCCCUCCAGCCAGACGUCCCCCCUCCUGCCCAGACAGCCUCAGGACGCCUCGUCCAAGACGUCCAGGUCGACAACGACACCCAAGAAACCGCUGAUCGUCGAGGGCAACAGGUACUACAUGUAUUUGCCGCUGGAGAAGCACAAGCCUUGUAUUCAUGUUGUGAGUCACUGGGAGGACAGAAGCUACCGACUGUACAACUCCAACAUGCUGGAGAACAUCGCACUUCUGUUUGAGGAAGGCGUCAGCAGAGCAGCUGAACUGCACAGAAAGUCGGAUCCAUCAUCAGAGUCGCUGCUCAGAACCGUCCUCAGAGAAUUCUGUCUGGAUGCCAGGAGUUUCAUCGCAGCAGCCGAGGCGAAGCUGAAGGCCGAGGUGAAGUCAAACUAUUUGACUCAACUGGACAAGAAACGUCUGACGAUGUGCAAACAGGAGCUGGAGUCGAUGAUGGGAGAAGCUCAGUCCACCGUACAGAAGAAGAGGAAAGCCGGAGGAGUGAAGGAAAUGCUGCAGGAGGCGACGAAGCUCACCCAGAAACUUCGCUUCCUGGUGGAGGAGCCUCAGCACACGGUUCCUGACACGUUUGUUUGGCUGCUGAGCAACAACAAGCGAGUCGCCUACGCUCGGCUUCGGACCAGAGACCUGCUGUUCUCCAGCAUCCACGAGGCUCGAGGAGUCGACUGUGGGAAGAUCAUAACUCUGUUCCUGAAGCCUCCAGGGAAGCGUGUCUCUGGUUUGUCCGUCCAGGCGAAGCUCGAUGUGUUUUUGUGGUUCGGAGCUUGUUCGGACUCGGGCCACAUGUUGGACAACCUGCCUGCAGGGUUCAGUCCGACCACCGGGGACGGCGAUGCCAGCAGCCCUCCGACACACCUGAGCUGCACAGAACAGCAUCAGUUCCAGUUGCGUUGCCAUAUGUACCAGGCUCGAGGUCUGAUCGCCGCCGACAACACCGGACUGUCGGACCCGUUCGCCAGAGUCACCUUCCAGUUGCACAGCCAGACCACCAACAUCAUCAGUCAGACUCUCAGUCCGACAUGGAAUCAGUGUUUGCCGAUGAGCCGCCUGCUGCUGAGUGGAGAUCUGCAGAACAUCCAGGAAGAACCUCCUCGAGUCCUGGUGGAGGUUUACGACGACGACGCUCUGGGUAAAGCUGAGUACCUGGGAUCCACGGUGGUGGUACCGGAGGUCCGGCUGACCUCGGAUCUGUACAGCCCACCUACCCUGCAGUACAGUCCUCUGCACUGUGGCGGCCAACCAGGAGGAGACCUGCUGGCUGCAUUCGAACUGCUGCAGAUCCCAGAGUCUGGACUUCAGAGUCUGCCGGAGUUAGAGGAAGAAGACGGAGGCGUCUUCACGGUUCCUCCCAACAUCCGGCCGGUCCUCAGCACCUACAGGCUGGAGGUUUUGUUCUGGGGUCUGAGGGAGCUGAAGAAGGUUCAGUUUCUGUCUGUUGAUCGACCUCAGGUGUUCAUCGAGUGUGCAGGUAAAACUCUUCGCUCCUCCGUCAUUCAGAAGUACAAGUCCAACCCAAACUUCACCACGUUGGUCGAUGUGAUAGAGCUGGAGCUGCCGGAGAACGAACACCUCCACCCUCCUCUGAGCAUCACGGUGGUGGACUGGAGAGCGUUUGGUCGCAGCACUCUGGUUGGAAACCACAUCAUCAACAACCUGAAGGCCUUUAAAUACACCCCACCUCCAGCUCCACCCGCUGCACUGCAGACACACAAAGCUGCUACACUCACCCCCAGAGCUGCACUCGUCACAGACCCACACAGCACUGACGGUCAGUCUCAGGAAGCUGCAGAAACCAGUUCCACCAUGGGACCCUCCACCCAGGAUGUCCUCAUCACCGUGGAGGACGAAGCUCCGCCUCCAGCGCCGCCCACCAAGAAGCAGGAACCCGCCAAAACAAAGGACGGCAGGACGAAGAGCAGCCGAGGUCGAUCCACCAAACGGAGGAGGAGGACCAUCGCCGACGAAUCGGCUGAGAGCGUCAUCGACUGGUGGUCCAAAUACUACGCCUCAGUGGAGAAACAGGCCAAACAGAAGGACGGAUCUCCGUUUCCACAAGUCUUCCAGAAAGCGUUGUCGUACCACAACCUGCUCAGCGAUGGAGUCGAGUCUCUGGUCAGCAGCCACUCGGAUGGAGACAAGAAGAAGAAGCAGAAAGGAAAAGGAACCCUGGAGACCAGCGUCGUUCUACCCGCUAAGCUAGCCACACUCAAGCUGUACGAUAAGGAGCUGGAGACGGAGUUCGGUCCGUUCGAUGACUGGGUGAACACCUACGAACUGUUCCGAGGUAAAGCUAACGAGGAGGACGGAGCCACCGAGGAGAGGUUUGUGGGUAAAUUCAAGGGGAGGUUCUGCCUCUACAAACUGACUGAGGAUGAGGACGACGACUGGGACGAAGACUCCGGAUACUUCAGGGUCAACAGAGGAAUCCCAGCCAACAGUCCGGUCCAAGUCCUGAUCCGGGUUUACAUCGUCUCUGCGUCCAACCUUCACCCAGCCGACCCGGACGGGAAGGCAGAUCCUUAUAUUGUUCUCCGACUCGGCAAAAAUGAAAUCAAAGACAGAGACAACUACAUUCCCAAACAGCUGAACCCUGUUUUUGGAAGAUCUUUCGAGAUGCAGGCGACGUUUCCCCGUGAGUCGCUGCUGUCGGUGCUGAUCUACGACUUUGACCUGGUGGGAGGAGACGACCUGAUCGGAGAGACUCGGAUCGACCUGGAGAACCGGUUCUACAGCCGCCACCGAGCCACCUGUGGACUACCCACCGAGUACAGCCUUGAGGGUUAUAACGCCUGGAGAGACUGUUUGAAACCUUCAGAGCUGCUGUCCAAGAUGUGCAGAGAAAACGGUUUGGACGGUCCUCACUUCAGACCAGGACGGAUCACCGUCGCUGACAAAGUCUUCACUGGAAAGACGCUCUUCAUGCACGAAGAGGAGCCGGUGGAGUCGUACGAACAUUUGUCCCUGAAGAUCCUUCAUCGCUGGGCUGAGAUCCCAGCUGUGGGCUGCAGACUGGUACCAGAACACAUCGAGACCAGAACCUUGUUCAACAAGGCCCGGCCUGGAAUGGACCAGGGUCAGGUCCAGAUGUUGGACAUGUUUCCUGUGGAUUUGCCUCAUCCAGGACCUUCAGUGGACAUUUCACCUCGGAAACCCAAAGGGUACGAGUUGAGGAUCAUCAUCUGGAACACUGAGGAUGUGAUUCUGGAGGACAGUAACUUCCUGACCGGACAGAAGUCCAGCGACAUCUACGUCAAAGGCUGGCUGAAAGGUCUGGAGGACGACCGGCAGGAGACCGAUGUUCACUACAGCUCUCUGACUGGAGAAGGAAACUUCAACUGGCGCUUUGUGUUUCCCUUCAGCUACCUGCCGGCUGAGAAGGUGGUGGUGGUGAGGAAGAGGGAAAACAUCUUCUCUCUGGAUAAAACCGAGCAGAAGCUUCCAGCCAUCCUCAUCCUGCAGGUCUGGGACUUUGAGACGCUGUCGUCCGAUGACUUCUUAGGCACGCUGGAGUUGAACCUCCAUGGAUUUCAUCAAGGAGCAAAGACGGCGAAGUCGUGUAAGGCGGACAUGUUGACGGACGGCUUGGAGAAGAUCUCCAUCUUCCAGCAGAAAAGAGCUCGAGGCUGGUGGCCUUUCAGCAAGUCUGGAGAGCUGACGGGGAAGGUGGAGGCUGAGUUCCAUCUGGUGACGGUCGAAGAGGCCGAGAAGAAUCCAGUCGGUCGAGCCAGAAAGGAGCCGGAACCUCUGCCCAAACCCAACCGUCCAGACACGUCGUUCUCGUGGUUCGUCAACCCCUUCAAGUGUUUCUUCCACCUGGUGUGGCGGAGCUACAAGAAGUACAUCAUCAUCGCCCUGGUUCUGCUCAUCACGGUGCUGUUCCUCGCUCUGCUGUUCUACACGCUGCCGGGAGCCAUUUCUCAGAAGAUCGUCAGCGGAUAACGGCUACAGGAGGAGUCCUACGAGGACGAGCCGGUCCACCUGAUGGUGGCCAGUCGCUGCGGUUCAAAGCCAACACCGACUACGUGGACUUCUACUGGACCACACGGAGGCCUUCAAACCGGACCAACAAGUUCAGCGACUCCCCGACUCGUGGGUCUGAGGACGCCGCCGAGCCUCGGUCCAGCCGGCCUCCUGUCUGUGGGUGUUUGAGUGCUGAGAGGUUUGUGGAUGCAUGUGAACAUUCUGUGUUGAAACAGCAGCUUUGGACUCAGUAACGCCAGGAAAAACCAAGAGCUCCUUUAUUUGUGACUUCCACUAAAAAAACUGAUGAAAAUAAGUUUGCCAGGGUUCUGACUGAUAACAGAUUAUUAAAUAAUGAAAAUAAUCCUUUAAAUAUUCCUUUAAACAAUCCUUUUAGGUCUACAUUUCCUUUACACUGACUUCUUGGUAUAUGUACAAGUAUUUUGGGUGGAAUAUACCAUUAAGCCCAAUGUUCAAGGGUUCUUCUGGGAAUAUACCAUUAAACCAACCUUUUAGGUAAAUGUUCCAGGAUGUUGGGUGGAAUAUACUAUCAGAUAAACCUUUUAGGUCUACAUUGGAAGAUUUUAGAGUAGAAUAUUACUCCAAACCAUCCUUUAGGUCUACAUUUAAGGUGGAAUACUCCUUUACACCAAGAUUUUUUUGGUCUACAUUGAAGGAUUUUAGGUGGAAAAUUCCUUUGAACAAACUUUUUAAGUUUAUGUUCAAGGAUGUUGGGUGGAAUAUACCAUCAGACCAACCUCCAAGGUCUACAGUAGUGAAUUUUAGGUGGAAUAUACCAUUAAACUCACCUUUUAGGUCUACAUUGGAGGAUUUUAGGUGGAAUUUUCUUCCAGACCGUCUUUUAGUCUACAUGUAAAGAUGUUUAGGAUGGUAUAUUCUUCCGAACCAACUUCUCAGGUCUACAUUUCAGGUGGAAUAUUCCUCCAUACUAACUUUUUUGGUCUACAUUGAAGGAUUUUUUCUAAACCAUCCUUUCGGGUCUAUAUUUGAGAUUUUUAGGUGGAAUAUUCCUUUUAACCAGCCCCUCAGGUCUCUUUGAGGAUUUUGGAUGGAAUACUCAGUUAAACCAACAUUUUAGGUGCAUGUCUAAGGAUUUUUGGUGGAAUGUUCCUUUAAGGUGGAUGAGUGAGGACCUUGUAGAUGGAAUACUUCCUGAAACCAACCUUUUAGAUCAACAUUCAAAGAUUUAAGGUGGAAUAUUCCUUUAAACCAACCUAAAUUUCAUGUUUUGAUCAUUAUCAAGUGAGAAACUUCAAUCCAGACUCCUCAUAAUGACGUUUGAGAUUUAUGCUGCUGUUAUUUGUUUAGUCCAGACUAAAUGACAGAAAUCCACAACUGUAAUUUUAUUUCAGGACUCGGUUAUUAAAUGUCAAAACAAUCCAUAUGACUCUAAAAACUCAACAGCUUUACAAACUCUAAGAUUAAACUCUCCACAAGGAUCCAAAAUAAGUUGGACUUCUACAUGAGAGCUUUAAUUAUUCUUCAUCUACUUCCUGAAAAGUUUGGUCAAUAAAAAAGACAAAAACUAAUAUUUUCAGCUGAACUAAAGACAGACUUUGUGAUUUUUCUGCUCACAUGUUGUGUUGUUGUAAACUUCCUCUUUCAAAUAAAUAUCCUCCUAACCCCCUGGAAA